AUGAAGCACACCUCAUUUGAGUCGGCCUACAUGGCCCUAGAGGAUUUUAUUGAGAAACCUAGUCCUCCAGUGUACCAGACGCCAUCUGCGCGCUCACGGCCCCUGCAAGCCUUCACUGCCUUUCCCAAGGACCACACCAUCAUUCUAGGCGCGCGGCGGAUACCGCCCGUCACCACCCCGCUAGGCAACGGCAACCAGCACGUGCAGGUCUUCUCCUCCACCGGCUUCCGCAACGUCGCCGUGACCGAGUACAGCGAAAGGUGGCCCGCGACCCCCAACUCCAAGAAGCUCAUCCGCAUGGUGGAUCGCACCGAGGAAUGGGUCGACACUUUUCUCCAGAAGCGCGCCGCGGACCCAGCCGUCGCCGAGGCCGUCGCCGUCUUCGCCCCCAUUCCCCCGUCGAGCGUCCCAUACAGUGGCAUCGCCCUCGGAGCCGACCUGUGCCUCAUCCCCUUCAUCAACGACAACUCGGACAACGGCAUCGCCCUCACUUUUACCCUAGAGCCUCCUACCACACCCCCGCCGUGCGGCAUCCUCGGACCCCCGAUGCCUGGCUGCACGUGCUACACCUGCACCAACCAUACCCAGGCCUUCAUCCGCCACCUUCUAAGUGCAAACGAGAUGCUCAGUUGGACCCUCCUCCAGAUUCACAACCAUCACGUCAUGAGCGAGUUCUUUGCGGCCAUCCGCGCUACCCUUGCGCAGGGCGAGGCCGCCUUUGAAGAAGCCCGCGCCAAAUUCUCUGCCGCCUACGAGUCGGAACUCCCUAUACCCACUGGUCAGAGGCCAAGGGCUAGGGGCUACCACUUCAAGAGCGGGCCCGGCGAGAAGAUCAACGAUCCCGCGUGGUCCAAUGAGUUAGGCGAGGACGCCUAG